AUGAUUGCUGUAAGAGCAGGUCACGUGGCAAGGUUUCCUGUAUGUUGCUGCUGCUGGGUGUCCAUGGCCCGCACCCCCAAGCUGCCACUGCAGCAGUAAAGAGUAACAACCCGAGCCUCAGUCUAUGCCGUGCCACCUAGCUGGUGCUGGGGAGGCUUUAGCGAGAGACUUUUGCAUCUUAGUACCUUGGCGAACAGAACAGGAGUGCCAUCUCUGUAGAGGACCAUGUUGCGUCGCAAACCCUCCAACGCCAGUGACAAGGAGCCCACUCAGAAGAAAAAGCUCUCUCUUCAGCGCUCCAGCAGCUUCAAGGAUUUUGCCAAAUCGAAGCCCAGCUCCCCUGUGGUGAGCGAGAAAGAAUUUAACCUGGAUGAUAAUAUUCCAGAAGAUGACUCAGGUGUUCUUACCCCAGAGGAUUCUGGGAAGAGUGGCAAAAAGUUGGGAAAGAAGUGGAGGGCAGUCAUUUCCCGAACCAUGAACAGGAAGAUGGGCAAGAUGAUGGUGAAGGCCCUGUCAGAGGAGAUGGGAGACACGCUGGAGGAGGGCUCGGCUUCCCCAACAUCUCCAGACUGCAUCCUGGACAGCCCUGGUCCUGAGAAGAUGGCCCUGGCCUUUUCUGAGCAGGAGGAAAGUGAGCUGCCAGCUCUCAGCCGCCAGACAUCAACAGGCAGUGAACUCUGUAGCCCUGGCCCAGGCUCGGGAAGCUUCACAGAGGAGUCACCUGCUCCCCAGUACACGGGGCCUUUCUGUGGGCGUGCCCGAGUCCACACUGACUUCACUCCCAGCCCUUAUGACCACGACUCAUUGAAACUGCAGAAAGGAGAUGUGAUCCAGAUCAUUGAAAAGCCACCGGUGGGCACGUGGCUGGGCUUGCUUAACGGCAAGCUGGGUUCUUUCAAAUUCAUCUACGUGGAUGUGCUACCCGAGGAGGCUGUGGGGCCUGUACGGCCCAGUCGCCGACAGAGCAAAGGCAAGAGACCCAAGCCCAAGACUCUGCAUGAACUGCUGGAGCGCAUUGGCCUGGAGGAACACACAUCCACCCUGCUGCUCAAUGGCUAUCAGACACUGGAAGACUUCAAAGAGCUGCGGGAAACACACCUCAAUGAGCUGAACAUCAUGGACCCACAGCACCGGGCCAAGCUGCUCACGGCUGCAGAACUGCUGCUGGACUAUGACACAGCUGGCAGUGAAGAGGCCGAAGAGGGUGCUGAGAGCAGCCAGGAGCCUGUGGCGCACACAGUGUCAGAACCCAAGGUGGACAUCCCACGUGACUCUGGCUGCUUUGAGGGCUCAGAGAGUGGGCGUGAUGAGGCGGAGCUGGCAGGCACUGAGGAACAGCUGCAGGGGCUCUCCCUGGCCGGGGCACCUUGAAGUGAAGAUGGCCUUCAAGGCCCAGGCUGAGCCCUAGCUGCAGAGACUGCAGGGAUGGGUGUGGCCUCCCAUAAUGGCAUAGGACCAGAGGACUGGUACAGAAUCUGGCCCUACUUCCCCAGGGAGGUUUAUGGCUGAGGGCCCUGCCAGGAUUCUACAGGCUCACAUAGUGGAUAAGGGACUGCACAAAACAUAUGCUGCCUUUCGGAGCCUCUCCCUCCACCAGUGACUGACAAUAUGGCCCCUUCUGGCACCUCCCAUUCUCUCACUGUGACCAUACAAGUGGGGCAUCAGGGGACCUAGCCGUGUGAUCACAGCCCCCAAAAUCUUCUUACUCUCACACCACUGUCACAUUGCUUCUAAGAAGGACGCCAAGCCACUAUUUCAAUUCACUCUUUAAGCCCUGGGGAAGCUUGUUCUUUCAAAGGACCUCAGUUGGACAUAAGUGAGUUUGAAAUUCCUUAAAUGAGGUUUGAAAGAAGCCUCAUACCCGGUCUCUACUAUCCUUCUCAACAUUUUAGAGGUCUGAUCACUAUGUCACGAGACUUGAACUCUGUGCUUCUUUUGGCUUCAGCCUGGUCCGGAUUCGAAUGGGCAGUUAUUGAGGGUCCCAGCAGUUGACACUGUGUACCUUUAAAUAUUUGCUCUCCAGCUGACUGCUAUCCAGGACACCAGUGAGUGGGCUUCUUGAAGAGGCUGGAAGAGCCUAGGGUUUCCAGUGAAAUAGCUCCUCCUUUUCAGCCCUCUCAUACCUUCCCGUGUGACCCAAACUGAGCGUCACCUUUCCCGACUUCAAACAAUGCCCAUAGCUCAUAUGGUAAGUGUCUUCACCUGUUUCUUGGCUCCUUCAAAUGAGAUUUCCUACAGGCUGAUUGAAGAUGGUGACACCUGGCUUCCAAUGACACAACUGCCUCCUGCAAGCCAGAUGCGGAUAUGGACCCAGGCUUGGUCAUUUAUGUGGAUCUUCCAAAGCAAAGGAAGCCUUUUGCUUGACAUUGGAGGCUCCACUAUACCCAACAUUGCUCUGCUAAAGGUUUUAGUGUCCUAACUCCAAAGGAUCAGGAGAUUAUCACAACUAUUAUUGGGGUACCUUUAACUUUAAUAGCAAGAGCAGUCCUUCCUGAAGCAGGGUCAACUGUGCCCAUCACAGGUAGAGCUACCUGCUUAGUAAGUGGGCAUGCUUCUGAUCUACUACCGGGAAUGUUUAUAACUUCUAGUUUGGGCAAAGGAAUUGAAUAUAUAUAAGGAGAAGCAGGGAGACAAGUUAGUAGCAAUAAAUAUAAAUAGAACUUAA